AUGACGGAUUAUGAGGACGCAGCAGCUUUUUUGGGACAGUGGGGACGCUUCCAGCAGAUUGUCUUCUUCCUGCUCUGUGCCAGUGUUAUUCCCAAUGGAUUUAGUGGUUUCAUCGUUGUCUUUCUGACUGACACUCCUAGUCACCACUGCCUGGUUCCUGAGGUCAAUCUGACUCAAGACUGGCACAAUGCUACCAUCCCAGUAGAGGUGGUGAAUGGGGAAGAGGAGCUGAGCAGAUGCAGCAGGUACAGGCUGGAUGUGGUCAGAAAUCUCUCUGCUCAGGGAUUCAUUCCUGGCAGGGACAUCAACCUCACUGACCUGGAGCAGGAGGGCUGUGUGGACGGCUGGAGCUACAGCAGAGACAUCUACCAAUCCACCUUAGUCUCUGAGUUUGACCUGGUGUGCAGUGAUCAGUGGAAGCAGCCGUUCACUUCAACAGUUUUCUAUCUGGGAAUUCUUGUCGGAUCCUUUUUCUCAGGACAGUUCUCAGACAGGUUUGGAAGGAAGCCAAUUCUCUUCGCCACCAUGGCAAUUCAAACUAUUUUUACCUUUGCCCAAAUCUUCUCACCUUCUUGGACGGUGUUCUCCAUCCUCAUCUUCUUCAAUGGUUUGGGACAGAUCUCCAACUAUGUCUCUGGUUUUGUGUUGGGCACUGAGAUCUUGACUGGUAAUGUUCGGGUCCUGUUCUCAACACUGGGCAUAUGUUUGGGCUUUGCCAUUGGCUACAUGAUGCUGCCUCUCUUUGGUUACUUUUUAAGGGACUGGAAGUCUCUCCUGCUGGGUACCUCUCUGCCUGUCCUGCUCUACAUCCCCCUCUGGUGGUUCAUCCCAGAGUCUCCUCGGUGGUUGCUCUCUCAGGGAAGAGUGGAGGAGGCUGAAGCCAUCAUAAGAAAGGCUGCUAAGAAGAACAAAGUCGAGGCUCCACAAGUCAUCUUUGAAGAUUACAGUGUAGAUGCUGUUGAUACAAAGACACCUGCAAAGGAGCAACCCAAUGUCUUCAACCUGCUGAGGACUAAAAACAUCAGAAGCAUGACUGCCAUUCUGUGCCUGGUGUGGUUCACUAUGAGUAUUGGAUACUAUGGCCUUUCCCUGAACUCAUCCCAACUUCAUGCUAACCCCUAUAUCAGCUGCUUCCUCUCAGCAGUUGUAGAAGUACCAGCAUACAUUUCUAGCUGGCUGGCACUGCGAUACCUUCCACGACGACUGUCUGUCAUAUUUGUCUUGCUGCUUGCAGGAAUGUCGCUGUACCUGAUUCAGUUGGUGCCUCAAAGUUUAUCAGGUGUGGCUGUUGCCCUGGAGAUGCUGGGUAAAUUUGGUAUCUGUGCCGGUUUCAGCUUGCUGUAUGGCUACACAGCAGAGCUUUAUCCAACAGUCCUCAGGAACACAGCGACGGGGACAUGCUCUGCAUUUUCCAGAGUGGGCAGCUGUAUUGCACCUUUUUUGCUACAGCUGAGGAUGUACUUUAAGUUCCUGCCAUAUAUAAUACUAGGGACUCUGGCUGUUGUGUGUGCCUUGGCGACUCUCUUCCUGCCAGAGAGUUUUGGACGACCUCUACCCCAAACAAUUCAACAGAUGCAGAAGAGAGAAAGCAGCAUGAAGCACCUCUUCAUCAAAAGAAAGGAACACUCAAAACCUGUGGUGCUUUUCGAAAGUCGACUUUGAUUCUCUAAAACAUUGAUUAUUAUUAAUAAGCAUUGUAAAAAAAUCACUUAUCAUGCCAACUGUUAACUCAUCUUACUAUUCAAAAUUUCCAUCACAAAAUUAAAAUCCGACAAAUUUAUAUAACAACAUAACCAAGAAAUCAAAUUUAAAUACUUGAAACUUGACUUAAGCGUGUACUUGAAAAUAUGUUUAUGUUGGAGUAAAUUAAGUGGGAUUUUUUAUUUUUAAGGUAAACAUGAUAUUGUUUGAAUAAAUGUCACGUUCCUUGUUGCCAUUGAAGUCACAUACUUUCACAAAUAAAAUGACGAGCUGCAAGGAUUUGUUUUUAGUCUGUUUGCGUCUCAUCUUGAAAUUAACAUUUGCAUAGGCUA